UGUGUCAAUACAAAACAUUUCAUGUAUCCAUGUACAUAUAUAUACAUACACAUCUAUAUAUUUAUAUGUACAGUACAGUUGCGCUGGUGCUAAGCACGAAAAAAAGAAAUUUCUUCAGUAGUACUAUAUAGUAUUUAGAGUACAGUAAAGUCCUAUUAUAUUUUCUUAAUUAUUUAAAACGAGGUUAAUGAGUAAUGGUUUAUUGUUAAUCUCUUUUGCGUGACGUCAUAAAGUAGAACUACACAAGGGUCAUGUCCAUUCUUUGUUGUCUUUAUAUUAAUCAUCAUUAUUUGUUUGCUAUUUUAUAAUUUAUUAAUCAGAUUUCAAGUUUAAGAAAGCUGGCAAGUGAUACUUGAGAAAAAAGUAGAAAGUUAUUGUUAAAUAACAAUGGAUUCCGAGGAAGAGACUCUUUAUGAUGAAGUUGAUUCAGGCAAUGAAUCUAGUGGCGAUGAUGUUGAUUUUGCAAUGGAAAUAGAGGCUGGUAAUCCAAGGGAACGUAGUAAUGAUACUGAUGACUAUCCAUUUGAAGUACUGACUACUGAAGAAAUCGUACAGCACAUGGUUGAUUCUAUCAAGGAAGUUAACACUGUUGUUGAAAUACCAGCAACGACAACACGAAUUCUUCUGAAUCACUUUAAAUGGGAUAAAGAAAAAUUAAUGGAGCGAUUUUAUGACGGUGAUCAAGAGAAAUUAUUUUCAGAAGCUCGUGUUGUUAAUCCAUUUCGUAAAGGUUCAAUAAUCAGCCGUUCAAGAUCACAAAAUUCGUCAAGAAGAACUUCCACAAACGGCACUGAAGAAUGUGGUAUUUGCUUCGUCACACUUCCAUCCUCGAUGAUGACUGGUUUAGAAUGUGGGCAUCGUUUCUGUACAGCGUGUUGGGGUGAAUAUUUAACAACUAAAAUAAUGGAAGAGGGUGUUGGCCAAACAAUAGCUUGUGCUGCCCACGCAUGCGAUAUUCUCGUAGAUGAUGCCAGUGUGAUGCGUUUAAUAAGAGAUUCAAAAGUAAAACUUAAAUAUCAGCAUCUUAUCACUAAUAGCUUCGUCGAGUGUAACAGAUUACUAAGGUGGUGUCCAUCACCAGACUGCAAUAGCGCUAUAAAAGUGCAAUAUGUCGAACCAAAACCAGUGACAUGCAAAUGCUCACAUACAUUUUGUUUUCACUGCGGUGAAAAUUGGCACGAUCCAGUUAAAUGUCAUUUACUACGUAAGUGGAUUAAGAAAUGUGACGAUGAUUCAGAAACAUCUAAUUGGAUUGCUGCAAACACUAAAGAAUGCCCUAAGUGUAAUGUAACAAUUGAGAAAGAUGGUGGCUGUAAUCACAUGAUUUGUAAAAAUCAAAAUUGUAAGACAGAGUUCUGUUGGGUAUGUUUGGGACCCUGGGAACCACAUGGCUCCAGUUGGUACAAUUGCAAUCGCUAUGAUGAAGAAGAGGCUAAAGCCGCUCGAGAUACUCAACAAAAAUCACGAUCAGCAUUACAGAGAUAUCUGUUUUAUUGCAAUCGUUACAUGAAUCAUUUGCAGUCGCUUAAGUUUGAGAGUAAACUUUAUGCAAGUGUUAAAGAAAAAAUGGAAGAAAUGCAGCAGCACAACAUGUCUUGGAUUGAGGUACAGUUUUUGAAAAAAGCCGUUGAUAUUUUAUGCCUGUGUAGGCAAACACUUACGUACACUUACGUAUUUGCUUAUUACUUACGUAAAAAUAAUCAAUCGGUUAUUUUUGAAGAAAACCAGAAAGAUUUGGAAGGAGCUACUGAAGUAUUAUCUGAAUAUCUUGAAAGAAAUAUCACUAGUGAAAAUCUUGCUGAUAUUAAACAGAAAGUUCAAGAUAAAUAUCGGUACUGCGACAGCCGGAGGAAAGUAUUGUUAGAACACGUUCACGAAGGAUACGAAAAAGAAUGGUGGGAUUACAUGGAAUAAAAUGGAAUAUUAAAAGCUUAUUAUUUAAAAUAAGUGUCAAUACCAGUUAUUAAUCCUUUCCCUUUCCGUGACCGCCUCAUCUGUGAUAACCCGAAAAGAAAUAAUUAAAAAAAUUAAAAUUAAAACUAAAAAAAGAAAAUAAGGUCGCCAAAGUUAUUCUGUAUUCAAAUAUUUAUAUUUAACAACAAAUUAAUAUUAUUUCUCGAUGCUUAUUAUAAAAAUAUAUAAAAUUUUGACGGCCCCGAAAUUUAAGUAAAAUUAUUAAUAAUAAUAAUACUAAUAAUAAUAAUAAUAAUAAUAAUAAUAAUUAAUAAUAAAUAUCAUUAUGCGCAUUAAUCAUAUUAAUGUUACAUAUUUAUUGUGAUUGUGUUAUUUUUUCUCGGAUCGAUUUUUCGUUAUUAUUUUUUUUUUAAAUGUAAUACCUCUUACACAGUGGCGGUUCGAGAUACUUAAACUUAAAUUAAGUAAUAAAUAAAUAAGUAAUAAACAUUAAAUAAUUGAUUUUUAGUGAUUGGUGUUAGAUAAAAAAAUAAAAAAAAAAGAAAAAAAUUAAACGGCCAUAUGAAUUAAAUUAAAGUGGUGCAAGUGAAUUUUAAAAAGAAAUAUUUUUAUUGGCCGUCAAUUAAAAAAAUUUUUGUUGAUACAUACAUGUGUAUAUAUUAGGGUAGUCAGUUUGGAACGACUAUUUUUUUCAAUCUUACAUUAAAAAAGAAAUUCCCUGAAAGUUUCAUGUCUUAAUUUUAAUUUUAAGAACUUUACAUUUGAUUUUGAAUUUUUCCUAUUUAAAAUACAUAGGAAAGUUUGGAUUUUUUUUUUUCUCUAUAGCUUGACCGCAUUUCAAGUUGUCGGGUCGCCUUUUGCGUCAUUUUGUAGGUUAUUCAAUAUUCUUAAAAAGUCUCCUUAGUAAUUUUACUGAGAGUCUAAUUGUUUUUUCUGUAUUGAUUCUGAAAAUCAUUUUUUUGAUGAUAAUUUGGGUUUUUAGUUGAUAUUGACUAAAUAACGAAAUUUACAGUAAAAAUGCAGAUAAGGAUUUUUUAGGAAAUUUGAUUCUCUACAAAAAAGGUCCUCUUAGUUAAGUGGCUCAAGUUCUUCGUUUACGUGAUAUAGGACUUUAUAAAUUUUGUAAAUAAAAUAUUUGUCAAAAAUUAAUAAAACGAAAAUUAUUUACUCAUUAAAAAUUAAAAUUAAAAGGCAUUUGGUCGAAUUUUAAAAAAAAUAUUUUAUUUACAAAAUUAAUAAAAUCCCUCUAUUACGUGAACGAAGAACCUGAGCCACUUAACUAAGAAGACCUUUUUUGUAGAGAAUCAAAUUUUCUAAAAAAUAGUUAUCUGCAUUUUUACUGUAAAUUUCGUUAUUAGAUCAAUAUCAACUAAAAACCCUUAUUAUUAACCAAAAAAUGAUUUUCAGAGCCAUUACAGAAAAAACAAUUAGAAUCUCAGUAGAAUUACUUCGGAGACUUUUGAAAAGUAUUGAAUAACCUACAAAAUGCCGCAAACGGCGACCCGAUAAUUUGAAAUGCGGCUGAGCUACAGAGAAUUUAGAAAACAAUCCUAACCUUCCUAUGCAUUUUAAAUGGGAAAAAUUCAAAAUCAAAUGUAGAGUACUUGAAAUUAAAAUUAACACAUGAAUCUUUCAAGAAAUUUCUUUUUCAAUGUGGGAGUGAAAACAAAUUAGCCGUUCCAAACGGGCCACCCAAAUCUAUAUAUAUAUAUAUAUAAUAAUUUAGUGGUAAUCAAUUUAAUUAUAAGUAAAUAAAAAGUUUAAUAAAUAAAUUAUCAUUUAGCAAGCUAAUAUAUGGACGUACUGAGAAUAAAUCUCAUUUUCCUUUUUUUUUCUUUUUUUUUUUUUUCCUAUUAAUAAAACGUAGCAAUGACAUCAAUUAUAAAUGUUAUUGAUAGAUAUACAUAAAUAAAUAUAUUGUUACUCAUAAUUGUUUAUUAUAUAUUUGUUUUUAAAAAAAUUAAUCUUCUGAGUGUACGAUCUCGAGUAAAAAUUUUUUUUUAACUUUUUAUCGUUAUCAUUUUUUUGAUCAUUAUUAUCAAUUAUUAUAAUUAUUUGAACAAUAGUAUAUUUAUUAUCAAUGCUCUCUUCGUCUUUUAUUUUUCUUAAAUAUAUACACAUUUAUUAUAUGUACUCUUAAUCGUUGUAUCUCUUUUCAAUUUUAUGAAAAUACGUCCAGGCUAAAACUGCCACAAUUUAAACUGCGUACUAUUAAAACUGAAAUUUAAAAUAAAUUUCAAAUAAUUAAAAAACAUUAAUUUUAAAAAAUUUUUAUUUUUAUUCUAGUUUUCCAGCAAUUGGGUUUUUAAUUGAUAUGUUUCUACAUAUAUAUGUAUAUAUUUUUUUUAAAUUUAUCAUAAGGAGGGAAAUCGGUCUGAGAUAUAAAAAAAAAGGAUAUUUUUGUGAUUUUUUUUUUUCAGAGUAAAUUCUUUUUAAAAAUUCUCAAAGUCUGUGACAUUAUUAAGCAUCAUUCCAAGAAUAUUCUGCUAAAUUUUCAUAAAAAUAUAUUGAAAAAUAAGCCAGUGGUAGUGGGGAGAGACGACGGAUUUUUUUUUUUCAAUAACUACUUAUUUUUUAAUUAAACAAAAGAAGCAAUUUUUGGGAAAAAUCAGAGUUUUUUGAUUGAAUCUUUACCAAAAAUUCAAAAAUAAAUAUUUUGUGUUUUCCUUCGUUCAAAUCCAAGGUAAACUUAUGUACAAAAGAAGUAUUUGGUUUUUCAAUUACAGAUGAAGAAGUCAUGAGUUAUCCUACCUAAGGCAUGGAGACUU